AUGGCGCCGAACCGCCCAUCCGCACAUGAAUAUCCAUCGGAUAUUGUAGAUCUUCGAGACGAUUUCGCGAGUCAAAAAACGCUGACAAUGACUCUGAACGAGGAGAAUAAGGUCUUCAGAUAUUGGAUCUAUUUGAAGUGUAUCAAGUGGCAAAUCGAGCUCCGUUCCAAUUCGUUCGAAAUGUUCGCCGCUUACUUCAAAGCCCCUGCAACCUGGUCAGCAGAAGUCGAAUUCGAGAUCCGCACCCAUAUCACAAAUUCCAUCCGAAGCGAAAAAUUCGUGGGCCGAUUCACCGGCGCCAAUCAUGUCCAUUUCCGACCCCUGAAGCUUCAUGAGCAUAUGGCACGAGAGAAAUUGACAGAGAUCAAAGUGGAAAUCAUCAUGAACCUGACCCAAACUCAAAAUUUCGGAAUGAUCUACAACUAUUUCGAUAUGAUGCCAGUUGAGGAGGAUGGACUACUGAAGGUUGAGGAUCAGCUGAUUCGAGUCAACAAGAGAUAUCUGGGAAUGAUGUCACCGUUCUUCAAAGCACUGUUCUAUUCGGAAUUCAAUCAAGAGGAUCAGAUUCACGAGUUGAAUGAGAAGUUCCGAGAGAUGAUUUGUUUCCUUCGGUGCUUGUAUCCACAUCGGCAACCGGUUACUAAAAAAUCGCUCGACUACCUUCUCCAGCUGGCCGAUCGCUAUCAGUGUCAACCGAUCGUGGAUGCUUGUGAGAUGUUCAUGUGUGCUCACUACCAUGAAUACCAGAAGAAAACGGAAAAAUGCUUCUCCUAUGUGGAAAAGUAUAAGAUGCAGAGACUUUUGAGAAUUGUCGUCGAGUACGUUGCUGUGACCCAAACCACAACCCAAUUCCGUGCUCAACCCUACUGGAGGGAUUUGUCCGAGAAGACGCAGCUCGCCGUUCUGGAAUUCAUGGCCAAGAAUCAGUCGAGAAGAACAAAAGAGCUAGAAAGACGUCGUGGAGUGAAUCAGCAUCGUGCGAACAUUGAUCCGAUCGAUGAUCAGGGACCGCCAAAUGGGCGGUUGCUUGGAAUCGCCGAUCCGGUCCGAAAUGCCGAUCCUCGGCCACCAAACCAACAUGUCAACAAUCAUAGAUACAUGCCUGGACAUUGGGGUCUUCGCGUUAUCGAUUUUGACUAG